AUGCAAACAAUCGGGACACCUCAGUACCGACUUUUGAAAAACAGUUUAGUUUUGGAAGAUGACGUGGAAGAUAAAAAUGCGUUUUUAUUCACUUUGGGGGAAAAUAAAGGGAAAUACCCACUGAUUGAGGAAUUCAAAGACUACGCUUUUUAUUGUGAGGCAGACGAUGAAGAUCUCUUUUAUAUAUGCGAUGAGGCUAUAGUCAUUUCUAAAAAAGGAAUCUUCGGAUGCUCUUGCAAAACUAACAAAACUCUUAACACACCAAAAAACGCGUUUUGGGAAAAAGAAAAGUUCGAACCGAAGAGGAUUACCGUCUUGCAACUGCAUUAA